AAAAUGAGAUUGCGAGAGAAGGUCUGUCUUAUCCUCUCGGGGUACUUACAGCUGAGGUGGGCACACUCGAUUCUUUGAGAAGCAGCAGUAUUUUCGCGGGAGCACCACAGAUGUGCAAACGCUUUCACUUUCUUGCCUGCCCCAGUGCAGUUCCUCCCAGGUGCUGUGGGCUCGGGGCUGAUCCAUUGCCCAAACACCCCCGAAACCUGCCUGCCACCCCAGCCCCUCCCCUGCCCCGGUGGACCGCUAUCUACAGCGCCAGGAGAUAAGGUGAAAUCUGGGAAGCCUUUGUAGGUCCCCCCAAGCUGCAGACUGAGAGCCUUGCUGCCUCCUCUUGUGAAGCCGUGGAGGAGGGACUGCGCUGGACUAGCGGCAGCAGCAGGGGAGGAGGAGCCAGAGCUGGCACAGAGCUGUUCCUGCUUACAGGGAGCGGAUUAGCACCUCUCCAUCUCCGUGUGCUGGAGAGGCUGCGCAGGGGCAUGGUCUUUCUCUGAAUCCUGCCAUUCCCCAGGUUUGCCACAACGAUGAAAGGAGAUAGGUUAAAUGAGAAUGAGGAUUCUGAACCAUCCGUAUGUGAGAGAAAUGGCAUGAUUCCCAUGCAUGAGAAAAGUGAGGAGAGACCAACAGUAGACACCAAAAGUGCUGAUGGGAAUAUACAAACAGAAGAAACUGCUCUCUUGAAUCAUUCUGCUCAGCAACCUCCAGCACCGAUACCAGGAUCUUCAACAUCUACAAGAACAUGGAGGCAAAUAUUUGCUUGCCCACCCCAGGGUUUACUGGCCCUAAUAGUGACGAACGUUGCACUCGUGGUCCUGGUUUGGGCUGUGGUUUGGUCCAUCACUGGCACUGAAUGUCUCCCAGGUGGAAACCUGUUUGGAAUUAUGUUUCUUUAUUUUUUUGCUGUCAUUGGUGGUAAAAUUUUUGGACUUAUUAAAAUACGAACACUGCCACCUCUCCCUGCUCUUCUGGGGAUGCUACUUGCUGGUUUUCUCAUCCGAAAUACCCCAUUCGUUAGUGACAUUGUCCAGAUAAACCUACGCUGGUCUGCAGCACUGAGGAAUAUUUCUCUUUCAAUUAUCCUGACUCGAGCAGGACUUGGCCUGGAUCCAAAGGCUCUUAAGAAACUCAAAGCAGUCUGUUUACGGCUCUCUUUCGGACCAUGCCUCUCAGAAACAUGCACAGCUGCUGUUCUCGCCUAUUUAUUCAUGCAUUUACCAUGGCAAUGGGGAUUUAUAUUAGGUUUUGUUCUAGGUGCAGUCUCUCCUGCUGUUGUGGUUCCCUCAAUGCUGAUUUUACAGGCUGGGGGAUAUGGAGUGGAGAAAGGUGUCCCGACUUUGCUAAUGGCAGCUGGCAGCAUUGAUGACAUUCUGGCUAUUACAGGCUUCAACACUUGCCUUGGGAUGGCUUUCUCUUCUGGUUCCACUCUAUACAAUGUGCUCCGGGGAGUGCUGGAGGUUGCUGUUGGCAUAGCAGCUGGGGGGAUUCUGGGAAUGUUUGUUCGGUAUUUCCCAAGCCAUGAUCAGGCAUCUCUGUCAUGGAAGAGAUCAUAUUUUGUACUUGGGCUGUCCAUGUUUGCUGUUUUUGGUAGCAUCCACUUCGGCUUCCCUGGAUCAGGAGGGCUCUGCACAUUAGUCUUAGCUUUUGUUGCCGGUGUGGGAUGGUCUGAUGAAAAGAGGGAAGUAGAAAAAAUUGUCGCAGUUGCAUGGAAUAUCUUUCAACCUUUUCUUUUUGGUUUAAUUGGAGCAGAAGUAUCUGUAACAUCUCUUAGACCUGAAACUGUUGGGCUCUGUGUUGCUACAUUAAGCAUUGCCCUAGUUGUGCGAAUCAUAGCAACGUUCCUGAUGGUGUGUUUUGCUGGGUUUAAUUUCAAGGAGAAGGUAUUUGUCUCGUUGGCAUGGAUUCCCAAAGCCACUGUCCAGGCUGCAAUAGGUUCCCUUGCCCUGGAUACAGCAAGAAGUCAUCAGGAUGAGCAACUGGAAAAGUAUGGAAUGGAUGUACUGACGGUAGCUUUCUUGGCUAUCUUGAUCACUGCUCCAAUUGGAGCCCUGGCUAUUGGCUUGGCAGGGCCCAGACUUCUGCAGAAGGUGCAGACAAACAGCAAGGAAGAUGAGGAAAGUGCCGAAGCUGGAGAAGAGGCAGAGGCCUGUGAACCUUCGUGAGAUGGACAUCGACAGGAAUAUGGUCCUUCGGCCCUUACGCUUUUGAGUAAACAUGUUGUGCCUGUAAUCGUUGUGGAGGAAACCAAAACAAGUAUUGGUUAUAUGUG